CUAGUCCAGUGUCUCGAAGCCGAAAACAUAGCACCACCGAGGGGACUAACUGGCUGUCAACCUAGCUCCCACGGCAGUCAUGGCGGCGCCGUUAGCCCACUUCGAUGAGGACUGGCAGGACUUUAACGAAUUCAAGCCGUCCUCGGAGUCGGCCGACCAGCUGGACCAGCUUAACUCAAAUGUGGGCGAUUCGUCGUCGGGCCUAGACGAUUUCUCAGACCUGGACAACAGUUUCUCGGGGGAGAUCUGCAGCUUCAAAUCGAUGGAGGACCUCGUCCACGACUUCGACGAGAAGCUGACAGUGUGUUUCCGAAACUACAACACCGCGACGGAAAACAUAGCUCCCAUUAAACCUAUCUCGGAGGAUAAUUACUUGAAAGACGACGAAGUGUGGAACGCUCUGACAGAUAACUAUGGCAACGUGAUGCCUGUGGACUGGAAGUCAUCGCACACUCGCUCCCUACACCUUCCCACCCUCAACCUCACGGAGCAUGAGAAGUUGGAUAACCAGUCUUUGGAUCUGUCUGACGAUGAGGAGCUGAGGGAGCAGAUGGAUAUGCACUCAAUCAUUGUCUCCUGCAUCAACGAUGAGCCGCUCUUCACAGCUGAACAGGUGAUAGAGGAGAUAGAAGAGAUGAUGCAGGAGUCUCCAGACCCAGAGGACGAUGAGAGUCCCACCCAGUCCGACUUGUCCAUGCUCUCUCAGGACCUCCACGCCCUGAAACGCUCUGGCUCCAACACCAGCUACGAGGACCGGCUGCGUCAGCUGUCUGUGUCUGAACUGACCGAGACUCUGGAGGAAGUGGAAACAGCCAUUCGCCGCUACAGUGAGGAGCUGAUCCAGGCUCUGGCCCUGCGAGACGAACUCGACUAUGAAAAGGAGGUGAAGAACAGCUUCAUCUCGCUGCUGAUUGAUGUACAGAACAGACAGAAGGAGCACCGCGAGCUGCUGCGCAAGAAGAAGAAAAUCAGAAGUACGACUACAACCGGACCCAACGGCCAGAGGACAGCCAGCACGCACAUACCAGGCACACUCCUCACUUUGGAGGGACUCUCCAAUGUCAUUCAAAAUGGUCUCCGUCAAACUUUUGGCAACACAGGAGGGGACAAACAGUACCUGACCACAGUAAUCCCUUAUGAGAAGAAAGCAGGCUCCCCAUCAGUAGAAGACCUCCAGAUCCUCACAAAGAUCCUCCAUGCCAUGAGGGAUGACAGUGAGAAGGUACCUGCCCUGCUAACAGACUACAUCCUCAAAGCUCUGGUAUGAGAGCAGUGGAAACUGAGUUCUUUGUCCCACGUAAAGCCAAAGGCGAAGCCUUGUGUUUCCAGGACCUUCCACUGGACCACGAGAUGAGGGUUCUGGUAAUCUGGAUGAUACCAGAUAAUGGAUUAAAAUCCAAACCUUCCUCCCCAUUUUUCACAACAUAGACUUUCUUUCCUUGUGGCAUUUUUUACUCUGCCAUUUUUGUUCCUAAGACUUUAACUCUAGAUAUAACUCCUUGGUAUGUAUAGUCAUAAUAUUUUAUUGUUUUAUUGCCUGAGUUCUACAGCCCUGUAUAUCCUGACUGCAUGAUGAUCAGUGUUAGUUUGAACACCUCACUUCCUGAUUUACCAGUGGCUCUUGAACGGUAAAGGGUCAACGAAAUAAUGAGGUGUGUUUUUUAAUCUGUGGGCUUCAUCAGCAGGCCUGUGUGAGGGAAAUGCAGUCCAAUCCGUUUUGUAAACUGAAUGCAUUUGCAUCAGUGUAGUCCAUGCUUGACGGGAAAACAAAUUCUGGCAAAAUCUCUGGAUCUUAAAGUGCGAGGCGAGCUGUGGUAUCAAGUAUAAAUCUUGUUUUUCCUGUUUGGAAACCAUUGUUUUAAUAGCAUUGGAUGAUUAAUUCAUGCUUGCUAAGGAUUGAGAUGAUCAAACCCUUUAAUUUAAAUAUCCAGAUUUGUUGGUUCACCUGUCUUUGCAUGUUGGUUUUGGGUUCGCGCUCAAUAUUAGCAGUUAGUCGAAUGUUAAAAUGAAAUAUUUUGUAUACGAUUAAGUGAAAUUGCACAGUUUUGGGAACUUUUCACUUUUUGAAAAAGGGAAAAAAAAAGUGAAAUGGACGUAAGAAAGUAAUAUCUGAAUGAACAAACAUGUAAAGCAUAUUUUUGGAUAAGGAGUUGUUUUUAGUGAGAUGAGGCACUUGCCAGUUGCCACUUUUGUGACCACGUUGCAACAUCAUUUUGUAAAUGCUGUCCAUUGACCUCUAAGCCCUCAAGUAGUGACCCAAUCCCCAACAACUUUAUCACUUCCACAUGAGUCGGCAGAUACCUCAUGUAUUAAAUUUUUUGCAUUAAUAGAAAACAAGCUAUUUGGCCGUAUCGUUAGAUAAAUAGUGUAGUUAAGAUCAUGUCCACUUUGAUAAUUGUGUAGUUAAGCUUCUAUGAUAAGCUGUGGGUUUUCUUUAUCUGUUGACCCUUUAACUGUUGUGUACAUUUUAGGCCUUUGGUGGUAGCACCAGUCAGUGAUCUGGUCAUGUAGUGGUGGUUAUGUGAUGGAUGUACUUUAGAGUAUGUCUCCCUAGAUUAGUGUUAGAUGAAGCUUAGAAAAUUAAGAUAGGGGUGGCGAAAACAUCUUCCACAAUAUUUGUUGUCAUGCAUCCUGUUCCAUCACCUUCCUUCACCUUAGCAGUCAGCAUGAGAUUUUUAACAGCCUUAAAGGGGCCCUCCACUGAUUUUUGCUCAUUGCCAUCAGCUUGUGUGUCAUUAGGAGCACUAUUCAGCCUGUUAAAACAGCUGUACAGUGUCUUCUGUGACUUUGGAGGAGGUUUUUCAAAGUUUAGAAAAUAACCCUGAUGAUGUCAUAGUGAUGUCAUCAGGGUUAUCUCAGCUAGUGCUUGAGACUACAAAUUUAUAACAGAAAGUUUGUUUUAAAAACUCAGGGCAUGGAGUUUGAAAGACGUCAGUGUUUACCAAACAGAGUGGCUCUAACAAAAAGAUGCCAUCAAGUUGCAUUAUGGGAACUGUAGGAUAGAUACUAGGGACUAAAAGUCAGAAUAUCACAGCUUCGGCCUCAUCAGUUUUGACCACUUUUAUGUGUGUCUUGCAAGUCUCCCAGCUUUAUGUCAUUGCAGUAUUAAAUCACUGGAGCACCCCUUUAAAACCAUGCUACACCAAUCUAACACUGCACUUCAUGCCGUGUCAUCAGCAAGGUGGUACACUAACGUUCAGAUGACCAGCUACUACAGGUGCACCACACACUGUCAAAUCAGGUCUGGUCUAGCUCUCAGGUACGAUCAUCAGUGUUAGAAUCUCGUUCUGAAAGGUACUGACAUUCCUGAGUCUGUGUAUGUUUCCAACAACAUUUUAACAGCAAGACUUGCUGCACUUUUAUCUUUUCACUCUCUAAAUCUCACUCUAAAUACCUAGACGAGCAGAUGGAGGUAAUCAUGGUAGCCUCUUGACUAAAUCAGGGUAGCAUUACAGAUGUUGAUUAUGUCAUGAUUAAACAAAGUUAAAGGCAUAGGCUCUGCUUAGCAGGAUAGUAGUAGGUGUAGCUUGCAAUUUAAUGGCACAUGCAAAGGCCUCUCAGUAGCAUCCGCAUGGUGUAGCAGUGUAGUGACAAUAACGUAGAUGCAGUAGUGACAUCCAGCAGCAAACUUUAGUUUAUUAGAAAAUCAGUGGUUGAUUUGUAAGAGAAGGUGAAACUGUUGAAAAAGGAAUUUACUUUUACUGGUUAAAAAUGUGAAGCAUGGCUUUCAUGCUUGCAGCCAGAAGAAAAGGGCAAAAGAAGAAGAUAGGGUACAAUAAAGAUUGUGGAUGUUGGGAGUGAUUGCACAAAGGGUUGCUUAAAUACGAGGGGUCCAUUUAUUCUUUUGUAAAGGAUGACAAAAACUCAUAGUGCUAUAUUUAACCAUUUAUAUGUACUGUUGCCAGCGUUGAAAACAUUCAGAAACCUAGCAUGUGCUGCAUGCACUUUACUGCUGAAGAACGCGUUUCUAAUUAUGGAUAAUUUAUUUGUUUACAGACAUAUUAAUAUCACACUAAAGGGACAAGUGCAUGUUGCAGUGAAAUGCAGAAAACCUUAAAGCAAACAAGUAUUAAUCAUAACCAGUCUAAAGAAAAUCUCCAGAAGGCUUGUGGCAGUGAUACACGAGUGAUUUUAAGAAAACGUCCCUCAGUUGAUCAUAAUCUGGUGAAUCAAAAGCUUCAGUGAAAAUGGUUACGACACCAACUGUGUAAAUUAAUCUUUUGUUUUAUAAUGAAAUGGCAGUCGGCACGGGGGUCACUGAAAGAUCUCGUCUCAGGCCAGAGCCCUUCAUCUGGUCUCUUCUUAGCAGACAUAUCAGUGUAACUACAACUUAGAGAUUUAUAUUUAUAUAUGUACAACAAAACAAGCAACAAAAAAAGAGGCUGCCUUUGUAAAUGCCUGAAAAUGUUUUGUACAUUAAACCAAUUUUUUUGUUUUUAAUGCAAUAUAAUUCCCCAGUUUGGGGUUUUAUGUUUACUAUCUCAUGUGGUACUGCAGUAUAUUAAUUUAUUAUGUAAAUGUUCAUUUUGUAACCAUAUUAUUGACUGUAAUGGUACAAGUGUUUGUGCCCACAUUGCAUUGCAACUCAUUUCAAAUAAAUUAAUAUGUGAAGACUUUAA